AACCCACUUGCGUUCCUGCCUCUGCAGGUUUCAAUCAUUGGCUCCUUGUUCUACAUCGCCCUAUUCGCAGCACUGCUCGUCGUGCACGUCAGAGUUCCGCCAGCUCCUGCGAAUCCGGCACCGAUCGACGGUAUCAACCUCACGGCGGCCUGGCUCGAUCUCGAAUUCCUUUCCGACGGCUAUCACCCGUUGGGCUCACGGCGUAACGAUGUUGUCAAGAGCUACUUGCUACAGAGAAUCGGCGAGAUUUUGAAGCACAAUGGAGCGGACCACAAAAGUGUAUAUGCCGUCAAUGGAAAGUGGACAUCGGAUGUCGAGGGCGAAAGAGCAGUGACUGUGUUCGCAAAUGAUAGCUCCAACUUCACCAGCCUUGACGAUUGGACCAACAGACCGGUGACACUCUACGGAGAAAGCGACAACAUACUCGUGUAUGUUCGUGGCACUGAGGACACAGCCGGAGACUGGUGGAAUCAGACUAAGCGCUACAAAGGCAGCAGUGGUGUUCUUGUUAAUGCACAUUACGACAGCGUUUCAUCUGGAUUUGGUGCAACAGAUGAUGGCGCUGGAGUGGUCACAGUGUUGCAGCUGAUCUCACUUUUCACCAGAUCUGGCAAUCAACCUAGAAGAGGAAUUGUGGCUCUUCUCAACAACGCAGAAGAGAAUGGACUCUACGGGGCACGCAAUUUUGUCAGACAUCCACUGGCACAAUUUCCGCAUACAUUUUUGAAUUUAGAAGGCGCUGGCGCUGGCGGCCGUGCGAUCCUCUUCCGCAGUACCGACGCUGAAGUGACCAAAUCGUAUGCCAAGAGCCCACGUCCCUUCGGAAAUGUCGUCAGCGGUGAUGGUUUCAAAAGAGGCUUUAUUCGUAGUGGUACUGACUACUCGGUGUUUGACGAGGAGCUAGGCCUUCGUGGCUUAGACGUGGCUUUCUACGAGCCGAGAGCAAGAUACCACACGAAUGAAGAUGACUCCAGGAACACCAAUCCGGACUCUCUGUGGCAUAUGCUCUCUGCAGCCGUAGCUACCAUGCAAGAAUUGACUUCCUUCCAAGGCUCCGAAUUCGAAGGAGGAUUACAGGACGAGAAUGGCAAGUUGGACACUGGUCACGCCAAAGACGGCUUCUAUUUCGACGUUCUCGGCCAUGCGUUCGUUGUCGGACAACUCAACACUCUAUUUGCGCUAUCUGUCAGCCUCCUCGUCGCCGGUCCGAUCAUCCUCAUCCUGCUUGAAGUGCUCAUUCGUAGAAGCGACAAAUGGUACCCAUUUGGAGGGAAAAGGUACCUCCACUCGGCCGACGAUGAUGAAGCAGUGCGGUUGUUUGGUUUUAGAGGCUUCUUCCGCUUCUUAGUCGCCUUCGUUGUUGCCACGGGAAUUGUCAUGCUGCUCGCUUACUUGUUGACAAAGGUCAACCCAUACAUCAUUUACAGCAGCGAAUACGCAGUUUGGUCCAUGUUCCUUUCUGCUUGGUUAGCCAGUGCAUGGUUUGUAUUAGCAGGAGCCGCAGAGAUUAGACCUACGGCUCUUCAUCGUAUGUUCUGCCUCAUUUGGCUCUAUGUUCUAAGCUGGACCUUCCUUGUUGUGGCAACGGUAGGAGAACACCAGCUGCACAUCGCCAGCGGCUAUUUUUUGGUCAUCUACAACGCGACAAUGUUAAUCGCACUGCUGGUGUCCUACCUGGAGCUUUUUGCUCUACCCAAGAUAUCAAAGUACGUCUCUAGAGUGCUGGGUGCUCAGACAGAUGCGACCUCUAUCAGGCCCGGAAGCCGAUCGUCGAGAAGACUACUGGAAAAUCAAGGCUCGGCGGAUGAAGCUGAGCCAACCGAGAGAAGCUCUUUACUUCAACAUGCAGACACCCAGGCGAGUCAACAUACAUUUAGCAGAAAGCGCCCAGAUCGACACGAAAUACCUGAAGACACUGAAGAUCCAUAUCUCAACAACGCCGUAAUGGAUGAGCAAGCAUGGUCCAGCUCCCUGCCCCAGUGGACUUGGUUCAUUCAGAUCGUUAUCCUAGUGCCAAUCAAUGUCAUCAUCAUUGGAAGCAUCGCGUUAAUGAUCACCUCAGCAACUCAUCAGACACCUGCAGAUGGCAAUGCACCUCUACCCAUCUAUCUUUUACUGGCGACAUUCACAGUGCUGCUAUUACUGCCAGUAAUUCCAUUCCUGCACCGUUUUACCUACCACGUCCCGACAUUUCUCCUGCUGGUCUUUGUCGGAUGCCUGAUUUACAAUCUGGUUGCAUUCCCGUUCUCUCGAGACGCACGACUCAAAUACUACUUUGUACAGAGUAUGGAUCUCGACAACGGCACCAACAACGUCACCGUGAUCGGCCUCGAUGGGUAUAUCCAGGAUAUCAUUUCAGAGAUGCCAAGCGCUGCUGGUCAACCUUUGCGCUGUGGUGAUUCUGCUGUAGCUAACAGGAACGGCUUGCUGGGAUGCUCUUUCUAUGGAUUGCCUCCUAACGUGGUCCCGCGGGGAUAUCCGGCACUACCGGCGAACUCCACGAACAAGAAGCAUGCAUAUCGUGAUUGGAUGGAAGUUCAAAUCAGUCAUAAUGCUUCCACGGCCACUUUCAGCGUUCGUGGAAUAAAUUCCAAACAAUGCCGGGUUGCGCUCGAAGAAGCGGCCUCCGCAGUCCACGUUGAGAACUGCCCACAUGACGCUCGGCAGCCAGAAGUAGGUGAUCAAGGCAGCAAGGAGAUCAGGCUGGAGAGUCGGACUUGGGACAAGACUUUUCACGUCAAUGUGUCCUGGACAGAAAUACCAGCAAAAGGCCAGCGAGUGAGAGUGUGGUGUCUGUGGAGCGACGCCAACACACCAGGUACCAUACCUGCCUUCGAUGAGCUGAAGCGUUUCGAGCCUGUGUGGUCUGCUGUGACAAAGACUGCAGAUGGUCUAUUAGAGGGCUACAGAGAUUUCACGAUCUGA